AUGAUCCUGCUCGAGGAUUUGACAAACGGCAACAAGCCUUCAGAGAAGAUGAACAACGCCUGCUUGAGGGGCAUCCGAUUUACCGGUCGAGGCCAGACGGAACUCCUUGGAGUUCAGACCCGUAGCAUGAGCAGGAUGCAAAUCCAGAAUGAUGCGGGCUUCCAAGACAACGCUCAUGUGGCCCGUCCAAACGUUCCUGCGGCAUCGGCUUCCCCGUUUGGUGAAUGGACGCCCGAUAUCGCCUACGGAAGUGAACUCUGGGUAGAAGGUGAGGACUUGAGUCGCAUUGAGAUUGCCGAGAGAGGGAUUGCACGUGCUCGCUUGCGGGUCGAGCAUUAUAGAAACGCUCCCAACCCAGCCAUUUUCCAGCAACAGCUGGAUGAGGAGAUCAGGAAGCGGGAGGAGCUCGAUGACCACGACGAGGAGAAUACCAAGCCAAUAUCUACCCUUGCUUCAACCCAUCGAGAAGCCAUCAACAGGCGUCUUGAACUUUUGCAUGAGAUUCUCGAGCAGACAGAGUCUGAAGCGCAAAGGGUCAAUAUCGAAGCCGCCAUUGCCGGAUACGAAUCCGGGGCCAUUCCGUAUUCAAGAUCGUAUACGCUCAUUUGGGCCGGCCGUAUUGUCGACACUUGUCCCGGUUACGGCUCGUUCACAACGGACCGUGAUUCUCGGCUUGACACGUAUCUUGACGAACAUGGGCCUGGAUGGCUUUGGCAUGAGCCACCCCUCGCAGCGCAAGGCAAACUACGUGCCAAAAAAGGCACGAGUCUUGAGAACCCGCUCAUGGGGCGCCUGGAUACAUAUGGACAAGGUCAUUACAACAUUAAGAUGUAUUUCCGCGCGCGCAAGGAGAGAGUCAUGCGCAGGGGGGCCAAGCGUGCGAAGAAGGCAAAGGAGAAGUUGCCCGAGUUCAACGCGCAACCUGACGAAAAAGCUCAAGUGGUUGAGUUGUCUUUGCUGCUCGACUCGGGCGCCACUUUGCCGUGUAUCACACCCCAAGACCUUGCCCUUCUCGGCAUCGACCCCAAGACAUACGCGGCGCAGACGGCCUCGGAACUUCAGCUCGGUGAGGGGACGGUGAAGAGGGCUAUUUAUGAGCUGGACGUGGGGUUCAGGUUCGGCGAGGAAGACUGGGCAUUCCAUACGGUGCCAGUCAUUGUCUUGGAGGGCGAGAGUCGACUGAGCGGCAUGCUUCCCUUCAACGUAUGCUAUAUAUCCAGCGCGCCAGGCACAUGUAGAAUGUGGCUUGGCCAGAAGCGACGCGACGUGCUUGGGGCUGGUCGGUUACCGGGGCGUAUGAAGGCCGGGGAAGUGCACGAGGGGGAGGGCCGCAAUCCGUUCUAUGGAGCUGUUGGAACGCCGGCAAACAGCUUUUGGGCCACGGGAGGUAUCAACUUGAGAGACCGAGACUCUUCAUCGAAGUUUCUCAAGGACCGCACAGAUGAGCACGAUGCGGUGUUGGAGGAGCCGUCCAAGCUGUUCAGGUUCGAGCAUGACCUGGGGAAUGGUGAAACUUGGGUGGAUAUCGGGUCCUCAUCUGGUGAGGAUGAAGAGGAGGCUGCUGGCAAGGCGAGUCCUCCGACGAAAGGGAAACAAGCAGCGGAAUCAAAGUCCCUGAAGCCUCCGAGUUGGCCCACUGAGGCUGAACUUCAGGCAAGCAUAAAGCGCAUUCAACGGUUGAAAAGGGAAAUUCUGGGUGCAGCUGGUCAGCCUAUGGCAGCGACGGGCAAGAGAAAGGCGAGAAGCUCCGCAUUACUGAGCCAAUGAGAUUAGGCCAAGAUUCGGGAAUAUUGGUGUAAUAUGACUGGGUGUACCGCAGUACAUGAAUGGAAUAUAUCUGAUCCAAUAUAGGGUGGUGAUGAUGAUGAUGAUGGUGAUGAUGGUGAUGAUGAUGAGGUAUUAGUGAGACAUGUGUCGUGAUCCAAUGUUUGGUGUUUUGGUGUUGAAUUGGUGAAAUGGUUGGGCUCCACUCGGUUCAUUGAGGUGCUCCCCCACACUUUUCCUGUUCAGGGGUCCCGCGCCGGCGGCGUCAGGUCCAUCGUCUCCACCCUCAGCUCACAGUCUCCACUCUGGAAGGUAGGUCACUGGCGCGCACUUUGAGUGGUGCUCAGGCCUCAGGGCAGUGGUGCUCUCUUUCAAGCAGCCCGGCCCAAUUACUCUCCAAGUCAGGUUGACGCCGAAAUUGCCAUUGGAGCCUUGGGUCCUCUUCUUUCCCAAUCUGCCCAGCGGGAGAUCCCAAGUUUCCAUGAGGUUAUCUAGGUAGAGGUGAUCUGAGGUUAUCCUGACUUUAGUCGAUGGG